UGCAUGCAGCGGUGGAUGCAGCGGUGCAUACAGCGGUGCAUACAGCAGUGCAUACAGUCUCUAUCUCCCCUUGCUGCAAGUAAAAGAUCUGAGCUCCUGGUGGCCCAGGGUCAGUUCAGGGUGCUGAAGGUUCCUCUGGGUUUCAUUAAGGUCUUAGAAUGGUUCUUUGCCAUCUUUGCCUUCUCCACCUGCGGCAGUUAUUCUGGGAUGUUCCGGAUGGCGGUGGAGUGUCAGAACCGAACAGACAGUGAUCUGAGUAUAGACGUGGAGUUUGAGUAUCCAUUCAGACUUCACCAGGUGUACUUUAACGCACCCACCUGUAAGGAUGGGAACAAGAAGCGCUUCUUCCUCGUUGGUGACUACUCCUCCUCCGCUGAGUUUUUUGUCACUAUCGGCGUCUUUGCCUUCCUCUAUUCUAUGGCGGCUCUCAGCAUCUACAUCUUCUUCUUUGAAAAGUACAAGGAGAACAACAAGGGCCCGCUGAUCGACCUUGGAGUGACCGGAGUGUUUACCUUCAUGUGGCUGGUGAGUUCGGCUGCCUGGGCCAAAGGUCUGUCCGACGUAAAGACGGCCACUGACCCCGACAAUGUCAUUACGAUGAUCCCUGCCUGUGAUCCGGAACGCACAGCGAACAGCUGCCGUGAAGUCCAUGACCCGGUCAUGUCCGGACUCAACACCUCCGUGGCAUUUGGCUUCAUUAACCUGGUGCUGUGGGCUGGAAACCUGUGGUUCGUCUUUAAGGAGACCGGCAUCAUUGCACCCUUCAUGCGGGCUCCGCCUCCUCAGCCUAAACCUGCUGCCCCAGAUGCCUACGGCCAACAGGGGGCGUAUGAACAAGACCCAUACACCAGCAACCAGGGAGGCUACCAGCCUGACUACAGCCAGCAAGGAUACAACCAGGAUGCAGACUACAGUCAGGGCUACGGCCAGCAGGGGGCGCCCACCUCCUUUUCCAAUCAGAUGUGAGCUGACACCAAACAGGAAGCAUCGGAAUGAACCAACUGUGGGUCGUCUGCAACCUACCCACAAUGCACCACUCCUGUCAGUCAGCAGAGCUAGUGGGUGGGGUGGGUGAGGGAGGGUUAGAUGUUCACUACAAUGAUUAAAAACAGAGUUAUAAAUAACAAAGCCACAACUUGAAUAAACCACCAAAACAACAAACAACAACGCUGACAAACAGAAACCCUCUAAAUUCAUGUUGAUAAGAGUAAUUCAUAUUAAAGUACAUAAUGUGUGGAGAGAGUGUAUGUUUGUGUUGUAUAGAUAUCACUUUGAACAAAUAUAUAAUAUAGACUCAACUGUUUCUUCUUGCUUCCUAUUAUAAGCCCCACCCCUUCUCACACCUGCAGGCCGUGAAGCUGUUCAUUCUGGGUUUACAGCAAAUCACAUUCAAACCAGAUCCAGUGUGGCAUCACCUCCUCGCCAUCUGCCCUAUGUCUUGCUGCAUGUAAAUAUCCAGACAGGAAGUGAUGUCACUCUGGACCGCAGCUUCACAGUGAUGCCAGGUGGAAACUGGAUCCAAAAUGGCUCCUGGUCAUUCCAGUCUGUGUCUGUUCCAUUCCUGCUGCACCAACAUCCAUCCAACAUCCAUCUGAACCUUUAUCAGAAACUCAUUUCUACUGAUUCAUCCCAACAUUUACACCCAAUAAUAAUAGUAAUAAUAAUAAUAAUAAUAAUAAUAAUAAUAAUAAAACCUGCAGCACAUCUGGUCAAAACUGAGUUCACUUCAACUGAACUUUAUUUAUGAAACAUCAAUUCACAACAGAAGUCAUCUCAGGGCACUGACUUAAUGAACAAUACUGUAGUAUAUAUAUAGUAUAUAGUUGGUACUCUCUAUAUACUGUAUAGCGUACACUUGAUGGUAAGGCUGAUAGACUAAUGAUCCACAAGUUCAGACUACAAUCCGGCUUUUGGAUUUACUACCAGAAUAACAUUUAAAAAUGCAGCAAAACUAACACAAUAAAACUGUAAAAAGAAAAGAAAAAAAUCACCAGAUGCAGAAAACAGGCAGAAACCAACUAUUAAAGAAAGUUAUCAGAUCCCGAUCUGUUCUCCACCUUUACCCUCACCCCGACUGGUGGAGGCAGAUGUCUGCUGUCUCUGAGCCUGGUUCUUCUGGAAUAUUCUCUUUAUUGAAGGGACUUUUUCUCCCACUGUUGCUGCUCAGAGGGAAUCAAAAAGAAACUUCAAAUUAGUUGAGUUUCUUUGAAUAACUACGAGAAGUGCCCUGAGCUAACUGUGGUGCUUUAGAAAUAAAACUAAGUUGAGCUGAAAUUAAUUCCAGUCAGAAAUGAAGCAAAGACAACAAAUGUUCCUAGAAGCAACAUAGUAAAUUUUACAUUUCAAUCCUAACGUGAGCUGGGCGUAGACACAUAAAAUAUUCACCUGCUGAUAAUUAAUACAUUUAUUUAUCAUUUAGAAUGAUUGAGUUAAAUAAAUAACUUCAUUAAAAUCAUUUUAAAUAUGGCUGGGCUACUUCAACAAAACGAGUCACAUCUAUAAUUAAAUGAGGUGGAAAUUUACGCUUAUCUUCUGUAGUCACUGUGGUUAGUGAGUGUUAGUGAACUUAGCAAGGCUUUGUCCAGCUGCCCUGACAUUUCCUGAAUUAUGUUAUAUAAUUAUUAGAUUUCCUGAAUUAUGCUAGCCACUAACAUUCAAAUGAACUCAUCUUUUGUCAACUGAAGACUGCAUUAGCCAACACAGCUUAGCAGGCCUUAUCAAGUUUAGGACAAAAUGGAUAAAACUAAAUCAUCAAACUGUGUCUGUUAAAAUGUAGGUUCCUGCAGUCUGUUAGCUACAUUUUCAUGUCAGUGGUUAACAUUAGAUUAACUAAACAACUGGAAACAAAUUGGCCACCUUCAUGUAAAAUAAAAUAAAACCUUCAGUUUCAAUGUCAAGACGGAUGUUUGGGUCAGAUUGUUGUUGUGUGUCUUCAACUCUCAGCCAAUCAAAAAGUCUUUCUGGGAAGGUCUGAAAAAAAACUCUUCUUCUGGGAUGUUUUCUGCAUCAGUAACUUCCUGCUCUUUUUCUUCUGGGAUGUUUUUCUGGACAGUGAAGCUGUUUUAGCGUUGGUAUCUUCCUCGCAUGUUGACGUGUUUUCUGCUCGUGUUGUUCAGUACCUGAUGAUCAGUGUGAUUCUGCCUGUUACCUGUACAGGUGUGUGUGUGUGUGUGUGAUUGGUCAUUACCUGUCUAUUCUUCUUCUCUCUCUAACACAUGCUCUUUUGAAUUUGUUUUGUCAUCUUUCAUCCUCUUUUUUCUUAUUUCUUUGUUCUCUGUGGUUCUCCUCUCGGCCUCUGUGCUCUACCUUUCUAUGUAUCUUGCUCAGCAUCUGUAACCAUGACGACGGUGUUGACAGUGUUGAUGACAAUGAUGAUGUGUGUAACUUGUUGCUAUGGAGACCCCCCAGCAUCCCAUGUUUAUUCAGUGCAAAGUUUCAAUAAACAACAAAAAACUG